AACAUUAAAUAUGGAACUUCAUAAAAGUUUCCUGUUUGGGUUUUACACUCUGAAAUAAAUUGUUAAAAUAAUAAAUAAACUGGAAAACAAUAUCAGCAGUCGACCAGAUGUAUUGCACAAAACGUUGAGCUAAAUUAGCCAAAUCAUUUCUUAAUAACCAAGAGUAGAUUGAAUGAAAGGCUUCUGUCUCCUUUAUAAACAACAUGUGUGUAGCUUUGUAAGAAACGGAAACUGUCAGAGAUGUCGACAGUAAAUCUAAGUGUAUCUGUCAACAGUAUCGGCGAUGAAGAAUCAAAACAUAACGAUGUAGUGUACAUGGAAUGUGUUGAUGCUGAAAGUCAAUAUGCAGCUUAUGUAGAAAUGCCCGCGAAUGCUGAAGAAACGUCGAAUAUUGAUGUAGUGUACUCGGAAUGUUUUGAUGCUGAAGGUCACUCCGCUAAUAUAGAAAUGUUCCCGGAUGCUAAAGAAACGAAAUAUAUUGAUGUAGUGUACACGGAAUGUGUUGAUGCUGAUGGUCAAAUCGCAUAUGAAGAAAUGUCAUCGGCUGCAAAUACAAAUCCAGAAUAUACAGAGCUCAAUAUUGCACAUAAUAGUCGAGAUAACCAGUCCAUUAACACCAAUAAUAGCCAAACAAUACACGUUCAAUUUCGCUUACUUGUUUUUUUUAUAAGUUGCUUUCUUAUCACAUUAAUUGUAACAAAUGUCGUGACAUUCAUAACAACAAAAAAUAAAUUUUCUGCAAUAAAACAACCCUUGACACCUUGUACUGGACGUAACUGUUUGAACGGAGGCUCAUGUGAAGUGUGGAAUGGCAUGUUUCACUGUUCAUGCAAAUCUGGCUUUUCUGGACGUCUGUGUAGAGUGACACCUUGUACUGGGCGUAACUGUUUGAAUGGAGGCUCAUGUGAAGUGGUGAAUGGCAUGUUUCAAUGUUUAUGCAAACCUGGCUUUUCUGGAAAUUUGUGUGGAGGUUAG